UUGUAUCACAAAGUUCAAAUCCACUCAUAAGGGUUUGUACAGCACGACAGUGAUGCAAGCAUGCCAAGUCAGCCAGUGGAUUCAAACUGAGGAUAUUAGUGGAAAAAAUAUAUAGAAAAAGUGUUAGUGUUUCAGUCGGCUUUCUUUAUAAAGUUAAUAGAAUUUGUUUCUCCCCGGACACAUUUUGCGGCAGCACGAUAAGAACACCGUCCGGUCAGUAUCGUUCGCCUGUGAAACGGACCCGUGAAAACACACGCACGUUUUAUCUCGAGAAGAGCGGCAACUCGGAGUCCCCCGACAGCGUCGCUAACAUGUCCAAGAGCGACAUACUGAGAGGAAUCAUCACUGAGAAACUGAGCACAGCCGCCCGGGAGAUCUUAGCGGUGGUGGAGCGGACUGUAGCAGACUAUGAGGAGGAGGCUGCGGGCUUCAGGCAGGAGAUCGACCGGCAGAGGAGGCAGCUGGAGCUUCUGCAGCCUCGGGUUAAGCUUGAGAGAAGAGAUCUGAACAUCCAUGAGGUGGUGGUCAUGACCGGAGACAAAGAGGAUCAGCAGCACACACAUCUGCCGGGUAUGGAGGGUGCUGGAAGUCCAAGUCUGCUACGUCGUGAUGAAGAUGAGCAGCGGAUGGCCCAAAUGUCGACAAGUUCCAGGCAGAAAAGAGAAAAUCUGAUGCACCCGGAUUAUGAAAUGCCAAGGUUACAAAUGCAAUGUCAACAGUUUGGAUGUUACAGGAAGAAGUCCAGCAAACAUUGGCUCAGUGACACACAGAGGCAUCUACAUUUCAGGAUUUGUUUCCUGGAGGACUCUCAAGGCGGGUUUAAAAAAAGUCUGUUUGAGGACCUGAAGUGUCCCCGUGAUCUAAAGGAGGGUGACUUCUUGGACAUGAUCAAGUCCACGUUCCCUCAGCUGGCCGGAGACAAACCGCUGAACAUCUUCAAGUCUGACCACAGUAAGAGACUCCAGAGGCUCAUGCUGAAGACCCUGACACCAGAAGAGAUCUACAGGACCAUGAAGCCCACCGGGCUUGAAAAGCCUGUCCUCUAUGUCAAACCUAAGACAGGAGAGGAAGAUGAAGAGGAAGAACUUCAUCUGUUACCCACAAGUGAUAAACCUUUAACACACAGUGGCAGAGUGCUUAUGAAAGGCGGUGAAGCCAUUUCAAGCUCUGUUCAACAUUUAGACAAUACCAAAGUGGAUGUCAUGGCCAACAGCUCAGCAUCACAACUACAGCUCUUGCUAAGAAAAGAUGCUGCUGAAAACGGGUCUAGUGAUGGCAAACAUGGAGUCGUGGCAUUAAACCCCGAGCUGCAGGUGGCAAAAAGUUUGAAGGCAAUAGAGCUCCAAAGUAGUUCGGAGACAAUUCAGACAAGUACAAUAGCCUGUAAAGUGUGUGGACUCCAGGGAAACCAGGACAGCUUGAUUCAACAUGCAUGGAGUCACAUGGAUGAGUCACCGGCUGUUUGUGGAAUUUGUGGAGAACAUUUUGAAUCAGUGGAAACAUUAAAGGGACAUCUUGCAAACGACCCAAAAUAUCACAACUCUAAUAACCAAACGUCUCUGCAAACAGAGGCGAAACAAUACAAAUGUGAAAUUUGCGCUAAAUCAUUUGGUCUAAAGGAGCAGCUGGAAAUUCAUUGCAAGGAGCACACUGGCCUACAGAAAUACCACUGCAACAUCUGCGGGAAACCUCUCUCCCAUCUUCGAUCAAUGAGCCGGCACAAGCUGACUCACACAGUGGAGCGACCCCACAGUUGUGAAGUUUGCGGGAAGCGUUUCAAAUGCCCGCACGUUUUAAAUUCUCACAAGAAAAUCCACACGGUCAGGGAGCGGUCGUAUCUCUGCCACAUCUGCUGCAAAACCUUCAUGUCAAACAGCGUUCUGUCUACUCACAUGAAGAUUCACAGCAACGAGAGGCCACACAUCUGCUUAGUGUGCAAGAAGGCUUUUGUUUACAAAGGCAGUCUAAAGGCUCACAUGCGAAUGCACACCGGCGAGAAACCGUACAGCUGUUCCCAGUGCGGCCGCUCCUUCAAGCACAAGUGUCACCUGAACGACCACGUCAGGAGCCAUGCAGGCAUCAAACAGUUUGUGUGCAGCAUUUGUGGGAGAGCGUGCUCUCGCCAAACUCAGCUGAAGACCCACAUGAGGACCCAUAAUGGAGAUAAACCGUACCAGUGCGACAUCUGCAAGAGGUCCUUCUCGCAGCGUGGUACUCUCAAGUCACAUGUGAAGAUCCAUGAGGCCAAAAAAACAGACAGUGACCCGCCCGAAAACCAGACAGUGUGUUAACAUGGGCUCGAUUCCCUCCUGUGCAACUUGUAGGACUUGACUUUUUUCUUUUUUUUUUUCUUUUAAAGAAAAAGUGUUAAAUGAGCUAUUCCUUUGGUAACAAAGCUCAUGACAUAAAUACUUGGAUCUUGAGAGAAGGACAUGAAUAAAAAUCAUUUAAUGAAUAAAUAAUUUUUAUUAAGAAAGAACUGAAUAAUUGGUUGUCUUUCUGGAUAUAAGUACUGAAAAACCAAAAGAGAUGACUAGUUCUGCUUUUUUGAAAGACAAUUAAGCCAAAUCUAAAGGGAAGAAAUCUAAAUGUAAGGAACAUGUUUGAAUGAUUAAAAAAAACACACCAACAGAUUCACAGAAAUAACUGACCCUAUCAUACCAUGUAGCGUAAGGAAAAACAUGAAAG